CUUAAAAGUUCCCAAGAAAACACAAGAACUCGAGAGACAGAUUGUUGGCUCCUCCCAUCUCUCUGUCUGCCCCAAGGAAAAUGGUGAAGUUAAUAAGUAGAAUAACAUCACCUUCUCGUAUAAUUCUCCAAUUCAUCUUCUUGCUAGUCGUGUUUUCUUCUUGUUUGAUUGCCAAGGAAAUUGAGAAUAAUACUAUCUCAAAUUCUAAAUUUGAAAACGAUAAUAAUGAUAAUGAUGUUGUUGAUAUUGAAGGGGGAGGAGGUUUCCCUUCUCUAGAUGGAAUGUUACAUUGGGCUAUUGGACACUCUGAUCCUGCAAAAUUGAAGGAAGCAGCUCAAUCUGUUCAAAGUCUGUCUGCGGAUGAGUUAGAAAUACGUCAACAGGAACUAAAGGAAUGGGUGGAGAAUUCAAAGAUGCCUUCAGAUACACAGUUGAUGCAAAUAGCUAUCGCAGACUUAAAGAAUUCUUCUCUUUCUUCAGAAGAUCACCACCGUGCAUUACAGGAACUUUUACAUCUUGUUGAGCUGAUAGACAAUGCAAACGAUCUUGGAAAACUUGGGGGCAUAGCUGCAGUCGUUCAAGAACUUGAUAACUCUGACCUACAGAUAAGGAUCACUUCUGCUUGGAUUCUCGGAAAAGCUGGUCAAAAUAACCCUUUUGUUCAGAAGCAGAUUUUGCAGCAUGGGGCACUACUAAAGCUAAUGAAGAUGGUGCAAUCAAGUUCAGUGGAAGAGGGAAUAAAAGCAAUGUAUGCUGUUUCUUCCCUGAGCAGGAAUAGUUUAGACGGUCUGGAACUAUUUUUUGCUGGUCAUGGAGAAAGACUGCUACAGGACAUAAUGAGCAACUCCAGCAUUGAUAUCAGACUUCGUAAGAAAUCUGCUUCCCUUGUAGCAGAUUUGGCAGAAUCAUUAAUUGAAAGCACCAGUGAACCAGAGCCACAAUACUUCAGUAGCCGUUACUUUUUGAAAUCUGUGGUUAGUCUAGUAGCUUCAGCUGACUUUGAUCUGCAGGAGAAGGCCCUGAUGGCAGUUAAGAGUCUUAUUAAACUCAGAACUACUAAAGCUCUAGACUUCAAGGACUUCUGCGCUCUGGAGAGUGUCCUGGAGCGUAUGAGGGAACAGCUGCACCAAUCAAGUGCAGAUGAGUUAGAUGGAGAUCUCGCGAUCGGCAUGGAAAAUCUUUGCAAAGAAGUGGAAUCGCUUUUCCGAAAGAAGCUAGAAGAAGCACCAUCAAGAGAUGAACUCUAAUUUGGGCGGUGGAGUAUCGUCUGUAAUGGGGCGCUGGAUCAGAUAUGUGGGAAGAAGAUGUAUGGUUGUCUGACUUGUGACAAUGUGGAGACCUUCCCUGCCCAACUAAAGGAAAAAAAAUGCAGUUCCUCCUGAAAUAGGGAAAUGUAGAACUGAAGAGGGUGUUAAUUAUUCAUUUAUGAGUUUUAUUGCCCAUUCUUUGGUAUUGUUUUGAUAGUUUUAGUCUUAGGGACAGGUAGAUAUCAUUUUUGAAUGAACAGUCGAAUACAUCUCAUUUGCUAUUUUGGUUCCUCUUGUAAAUAUACUAGGAUUAAUGCACGUUCAAAUUUCAAACUAGUUUUUGGGUA